UUGUUUCCCCCCAUUUGAUUUAGGGGAGAAUCGGAGAAGUGUGAGGUGACUGCGUACGCAGGGGGAGAGCUGGUACGAUGUGGCAACCGUGCGGGAGUGCUAACAACGAUGAUAAUCGACCCCAAACGAACGCUCCACUUUUUUUCAUAAUAAACCUCUGGGAGGGGAUACGGGCCACUCGUUGCGAUCAGUUUUGUUUGGACCGUUGUGUACGAUUUGUCCUUGCCAUACCUGCUGGGAUUGAUGUUGGGUUUUAGUUCGAGGUUUCCCACACAAAUCAGUGCAAUAAUCAAUUGAGUAUCAUGCAUUGUCAUGCCACCAGUGAGUUGUGAGUGAUGUCGGUGUGCGAAAGUUGAGUGUCAAAUUUAUUCGACAAUUCCAUACGACAAAUCUAACUUACAUUGCAAACAUUUUGGAUUACCUUGUGAAAAUGGCUUUAGCGAGGUUGCCGGGGGUGAGUGACUGCUCGGCCGGUCAAACGGCCCGCGUUACCUCCAACCUGCACCCCACAAGUACCAUGGCCGUGAGUCGUGUCCCAAGCCCACCACCCCAAGAGGUCAACACUCCGGUCGCAGAAAAUUGGUGCUACACGCAGGUCAAAGUGGUCAAAUUCAGUUAUAUGUGGACGAUAAACAACUUCAGUUUCUGUCGAGAGGAAAUGGGGGAAGUUUUAAAAUCUUCGACGUUCUCGGCAGGUGCUAACGACAAAUUAAAAUGGUGUCUGCGGGUGAAUCCCAAGGGGCUGGACGAGGAGAGCAAGGACUACCUGUCGCUGUACCUGCUGCUGGUGUCGUGCAACAAGAGCGAGGUGCGGGCGAAAUUUAAGUUCAGCAUACUGAACGCGAAGCGGGAGGAAACGAAGGCGAUGGAGAGCCAGCGGGCCUACCGCUUCGUUCAGGGCAAGGACUGGGGGUUCAAGAAGUUCAUCAGGAGGGACUUUCUGUUGGACGAGGCGAACGGGCUUUUGCCCGACGACAAAUUGACAAUUUUUUGUGAAGUUAGUGUAGUAGCAGACAGUGUAAAUAUUUCUGGCCAGUCAAAUACGAUACAGUUCAAAGUUCCAGAGUGUAGAUUAUCGGACGAUUUAGGACUAUUAUUCGAAAAUCAAAAAUUUAGUGAUGUAACGUUAUCAGUGGCAGGGAGGGAGUUCCAGGCGCAUAAAGCAAUAUUAGCAGCCCGAAGUCCAGUUUUCCAAGCGAUGUUCGAACACGAAAUGGAAGAGAGGAAACACAAUCGGGUGGACAUAACGGACGUAGACCACGAAGUAUUACGGGAGAUGCUGAGGUUCAUUUAUACGGGAAAGGCCUCCAAUUUGGAGAAGAUGGCCGAUGAUCUUCUGGCGGCGGCGGACAAAUACGCGCUGGAAAGGCUGAAGGUGAUGUGUGAGGAGGCCCUUUGUACAAAUUUGUCGAUAGACAAUGCAGCCGAGAUUCUCAUACUGGCCGACCUGCACAGUGCGGAUCAGCUUAAAGCUCAAGCCAUAGAUUUUAUCAAUACCCACGCGACAGAUGUGAUGGACACGCCUGGCUGGAAGUCGAUGAUCCAGACGCACCCGCAUCUGAUAGCGGAGGCGUUCAGGGCGCUGGCGACCCAACAGAUACCUCCCAUAGGGCCGCCGCGGAAACGUGUGAAACAGAGCUGAAGCACGUGAAAGAAUAAACACUUCGAACCACUGACUGCUUGAAUGUGUUCACAAACAUAAAAUGUAAAAAUACAACAAAACAAAAUGAGAGACCCUCGAAGAGUGCUGUCGUUAGUAUAUAGCGUCGUAUUUUGUUAUUGUAAUCUUAUUACUUUAGGUUUUUGUUUUUGGCGCAGUGAGUCUAUUUUUCCCGUUAACUAAAACAAUAAGCGGGGUGUUUGGUGUCGGACGGGAAGGAGCUUGACGUGCGCCAGGCCGUCCAUCAUCAAAUCGCCUCACAUGUCUGAGAGAUAGUCAAGGUGAUCAACGAAGCUACCUCAUCGAAAUAACUCGUUUUAAUUAAUUCGACAUUAACACCAAAAUCACAUACAGUUCCAGUUCUUUUUCCGACACUAUCGUUAAAUGUGUUUCGCGGAAUGAAGUUUCUCCGGUUUUUGCUGACAAUAAAUGUUGAAAUGAGUUAUUUUUCUGUACUUUUAAGAUGUGUUUGGCUCUAAUAUUUAGAGUAAACCACAGCGUUUUUGAUGUAUCUUAUCGCUUGGACUAAGAAAUUUUGCCACGGCCACGACCUCAUAUCGUUAUGCCAUGUAUUUUUAGAUUAAGAGUAAUACAUGACGUUUAUUGUUUAAUAUUGUAUUGCUCAGUUUGAAUGUUGAAAUGGAAGCAAUAGUAGAGCCUUAUAUGUGUAAAAUUACAAAUAACAAAUGUAUUUGAAUGUUCCUGUUUUAAUCAAAUUCAAUAUAAUCCAAUAAUAGUUACACCAACGUGUAUCGAUAUCGAACUCAUUAUAAAACACCAAUAUAGUAAGUGUAUCUAGUAAUAAUCGAUCAAUGUAAGGGCGAUAUGUAAGCGUGUGCCAAUGCGAUUAAUUAAUAAAAAACGGUAUUCAAAACUACACACAGCGACUCACUGUGCCGCCAAAACAAAUGAAAACAGAAUUGUGAUAUAAAAUGACCACAGCUUGUUCCUACUGAGGGACUUGUCAACCUCCUUUCAUAAUUUUUAAGUUAGCGUUGUACUUUAUGAUCUCCUCGAGUUAAGUUUUUUUUUGUUCAUCGACUCUUUCGUUAAAAAAAGCGCGCGGCCAAGUUUUGUUUGCAAAAUAGUUGAUUAAUUAUAAUUGAAAAUGAUAUGUGACUUGAUAAAAUUAUUGUGUUUUUCUUUUGUCACUCACAGUUGUAUGUUGCACUUAUCCGUCCCACUCAUUUAACAGACCCAAAUCAGCUACCGAAUCCACUGUACACAUUUCUGAAAAUUUUACACCAAUACAAUCCAUGAAGGUUUGCUUAAAAUCAAAAAAGAAUCACGGAUGUCUCUCCGAAUCGUGGACUGGUUUAAAUGAGUGUUGAUAAUUGCGUUAUUUUUUUUUUUUUUUAAAUGGUCGGUCAUCGUUUUAAUUUAAAUCAAUUGGAUAAAAAAGCUUAUGUUUUAAAAGGACUACCUAGUGUUUGGUUUUUGUUUGUAUAAUUCAUAAAAUUCAAUCAAAUAAGCUUUUAACUACAAUAAAAAUGCUCUGGCCUAAUUGAAAUAAUUACAGAACAUAUCUAAAUUUUAUUUUAAUUUGUGAUUUUUUAGAUAAGUUUGUAAAAUGGUAAGCGAGCUUUUAGUAUGAUUUAGUUUUCCUUCAAUGUUACUAAAAUGUAUUUGUGGUAAUUAAUUUUGUGCUGGCGCAAUGUUAAACUCUAAAUUUUAUCAUUUCCACUGUGUAUUCUUUUAACUGUAUAUAUUGUAUUUAGCUAAUUGUAAAUGUGUACAGUUACUUUAUAGUUUCAAUCAUAACUUAAGCUCCAUUAUCAUUUUAUGGUAGAUCUGACAUGUACCAUAUAAAAAUCUCUAUUUAUGCAUUUUAAAACUGAACCCUUAAUUUGCUACAAGUCUCUUUGCAAAAACUACUUGAUUUUUAACUGUAUUUGACUUGUGAUAGAACUAUUAGAGGUCAACCAAAGUUAGUUCUUAAGAACAUGUAUCCAGCUUCUGGUAUAAUGUAUUGUUAAUAUUUUGUACAUACUGUUCAUUUUUUUUAAAUGUCUUGUAUGUUUAAAAAGAAAAUAUAACCUUUGUUUGUUCUGAAAUUUAGUUUAUAAAAUUGUGUUGUGAUUUUGUGAUAAAUACAGUAAUACAGGUCCAAAAUAAUA